UGGUCGUUCUCAGGCUUCUCUCUGGGUUUAUAUUUAUAUUCAAAAUGUCAUAUUUGCAAAAAUGUAUUUUGUUUUUUGAACAUAUUAUUUUGACUAGAAAUAGAAGAAAUAUUCUUUCUUUGAAAAUUAUGCGAAAAAAAAUGUGGGACAAGAUUCGACAAUUGCGCAGAAUGCAGGAAAUAAUGUUUAUGGAGUAUGUGAGGAUGUUUCCUAUGCCUAACAUGUUGGAAAUGUAUUUUAAUAUGAUACACGUUGAAAAAAGCAUAUGGAUGAAGCCGAGAAGCAAUUAUUUUUGGCAUAAAGUAGUACUAUGUACAUAUACAGAUUCAGACUGGAUAGAGAAUUUCCGAAUGUCUAAAAAAACUUUCAAUGAUUUGUGCUUUUUAUUGCGACCUGCUUUGGAACCUAAGCCUCUUCUGUUAAAAUCAAGAGAACCUUUAUCAGUCGAAAAGCAAGUCGCUGUCGCUUUAUAUAAAUUAGCAAAUUAUGCAGAAUACAGUGUCGUGGGCAACAUAUUUGGAAUUCAUAAAUCUACAGUAAAAAAAUGUUUUUUUCGAGUUGUCAAUGCUGUAAAUAAUUUGAUGAUGAAAGAUUAUCUCCAAAUGCCAGAUACAUACGAAGCUUCAGAAAUAGCAAUGAAUUUUGAAAUAACAUCGCACAUUCCACAAAUUAUUGGAUGUAUCGACGAUACGCACAUACCUAUAUUGGCUCCUUCAGAAAGCUAUCAAGAUUUUGCUAAUUGUAACGAUUGGCCUUCAUAUGUUUUACAAGCAGUGAUUGAUGAUAAAUGCAGAUUGAGAAAUAUUUGUGUUUACCAUCCUGGGAGUAUCCAUGAUGCUACUGUAUUAAAAGAUUCAAGUUUGUAUAGAAAUUUAAAAAAUAUUAUUCCACAGGGUACAAGAAAUAUUAAUGAUUUAGAGAUACCUUACUUUAUUGUUGGUGACUCUGCAUAUCCACUGUUGCCAUGGUUAUUAAAAGGCUACUCCGGUACUGUAACAAUUGAACAAGAAUUUUUUAAUGUACAUUUAAAUUCUGCAAGAGUUUAUGUAAAAAUGGCAUUUAGCCAUCUGAAGGCACGUUGGAAAAUACUCCUAAAAAGAAUUAAUACAAAUCAUGUAUUCGUUCCAAAUAUUAUAAGUUGUUGUUGUAUUUUACAAAAUUUUUUGGAAUCUAAGAACGAAGAAUUUUUUCAACAAUGGCUGAAUGAUGUGCUCGAAGCUGAAAUAAUGUAUCCACAACCUGUAAAUGUUAUUAAUCAAGAAUGUGAUGACAUCUCUGGGUCAACUAUUCGAAAACAUUUAACAGAUUAUUUAUGUAAUAUUCCGUUAUGUGAAAUUCCGUUGCAUGCAAGUGUUUUAAGAGAUGAUAUUGUACAAUAAUUCACGAUAUUCAAGAUAAGAUAAAAAGAUUUUUAGGUAAGAAACUUAUGGCUUGGGUAUCCCCCCGUCUUCAUGAAGGGAACUCCAGGAUCCUUUUGCCUUUUGAGGCCUUGCGCUCUUGAUACUUCCUUCUUCGGAAAGGGGGAAGGGAAUUCAAUUUUGGCUUUACCGCGGUACCUCUGCUCCCAAUCCUCGCUUCGGCAUUCGCUCUCCGUCUCGCGGAAAAAUAUAUGACAUUAAAUUAAUCGAUUCGUUUACAAAUUUAUAAAGUGAUUAAAAUCUUUUUGUUAAAAUCUUUU